CCACAUAAUCAUUACAAAACGGUUUGUUUGUGUCAAUUUUAUUAGAGUUAUCUAAAAGCACCAAUUGAGUUUAUACUUAAAUUAGGUAUUGAAAGGAAGGGUUUGGUUAAUCACAGAGAAUCGUGUCACUCUGCUCAGGUUCGUCAUUCUCUUUCAUUCCUGAGCACAAACAUCCUCCAGUGAGGUCUGAAGCAGCAGCCAUGCUCGACAUGAACUCACCUGAGGCUUUUAGAGUCUGAGGAGCGAGGGCGAUGAAGAGACUCCCGUUGUCCCCUGCUCCCCCCUUUCAGCGGCCACACAUUCCUCCUCCGGACAUCUGCGAGGAGAGAGGAGGAGAGAGCGUCGUGUGCCGUGCUGCAGGUAUACUGGACGGUCUGGGACUCGGGUUUGUGAUAAUGAGCAUCAGUGCAUUUGACAGCCGCGCGUCUGCAGAGUCACAGAUUCUUGGCUCCACAAUGCAACAUUUACGCGUUUUUUAAGGUCGGGAGGAGGAUGCAGACACUUUUUCUGACAUGUGUCUUUGUUAGGAUGACAUUGUGAGCUGUUGUUCUCCGUCACUUUAUGUCACUUUUCUGUGUACCAGUGUAUCAUCAUCCGUGCGUAAAAGCGCUGAUGGCUUUCUGCGUCCGGUGAAUCAAAGCUGGCUUGUACUGUAUGUACAGAUGAGCCUCUGUCAGACGGAGAAUUCAGCAUCUUGGGAAAGCUAUUGGAUCAUAAUCUGUUACUUUUAAAGGGUUUGGAGAGCUCUGCGGUUCUGCGUCUGGUGCGGAUAUUUUUGCGCAGUUGUGACCCUUCUUCGUGCUGUGUGGUGAUUACACAGUUCAAAAUAUGUUUUCAUGCAACACGAGCGCCAUAAAGGACUGGAGCUAUUUUCUGUCACAGCUUUUGCCUCUGAUGAAUAAAACAACGGGCUUAGUCAGCAUGGACAAAGCGGAGGACGUGACGACCACCAUGGUGACCGCGCUGCAGCCGGACAGCUCCAUGAGCGCGAGCAACCCGCCCCUCGACUCCAACCACACCUCGGGGAUGGAGCACGUCUUCCAGUACUCUUAUUCCGAGAGUGACCUGCUGUUCACGGACUACCGGACACCCGCACGAGACUCCAUCCCGCUGCCCAAAGCGGUUCUCUACCUGGUCAUGGCGGCGCUCGUGGUGGUGGCGGUGGCGUACGCGAUUGUUGGACACCUGGUCAAAGAUGUGGUUAAUGAGUUUGUCGGUGGAGGCAAGCCCAUUGUUGCUCAAGGUGACGGCGGAGGAAACAGUGAACCAGACUGGAUGUUAAACUCCCGUCGGGUUCCAAGCCGCAACAAAACCGAAAUAAACUGCAUCACCAACAACAUGAACGAGAUGACCGAGUUGAGCGAGCGACCUCGGCUGAUGGAAAUGAGCUACAUAUCCCUGAACCACACUAACUACCUGAGCGCCAACAGGACGCAGGAUGUGGUGGUCACCAUCGAUGAGACGCUGCUGCAGCGACCUCCAGACACUCACUCUGGGACCUAACUGUGAGCGGCCGACCUUUUAUUGGAGAAAUAAAGCAGAAGAUUUACUCGUAUUUCUUAUUCCAGUGGAUUCACAAAUGUGAAGGCUCAUCCACUCUUUACUACCUGCAGGUGGGCUGUGAUACCUGUGAGGGACUUUGAGUUCCCUUCUCGUAACAUUGGAUGCAUCCAGUUCUGAGGUUUGCAUCUGAUUGGAAUUCCAAAUCUAAGGAGAUGUAAAGAGUUGCCGCCCUCAGCUGUUAUUGAACAAGCAGACUGAAAAGUUUGGGGUCAUUGUUGGGGAUUUUUUUGUCCUUAUCGUAUUGCUCUUUUUCAGAUUUUGAAAAACUCUUAAAUCAAAUAACCACCAACGUAUGGAAUCACUCUGAACAUACAAAACACACUCUGAGCAGUGCUCGUUGUAAUAUUGCUGUUAGAAAACACUUCAACGUCACAGAAAAUGAACCAUGUUGUUGUUUUUUUUUACUUAAAUACUAAAUACUGUGAGACACACCUUUUUUAUAUUACUGUAAAAAGUAGAUUUAGGGGGGCUGCAGAUGCUAACACCUUCAACUUUUAUGUAUCAUAAUGCCUUUAUCGGGGAGCAAAAGGUUCAUCACCUGACGACAAGAUCAAAAUAUUUAGUUGUGUCAUAAAAAAAGUGCUGAAUCACCUUUAAGAGCCGUGGUCACGUCUGAUAUCAAAAAAGAACAAUCUGAAUAUUUAAACGAAUCAAAGCCACUGUGGUAAAAACAGAAAAGAGAAAAACCUUGUAUCGUCUUUUCAUGCAUUGCUUGUUCCUCUUUUAAAUGUUGGUGAAGCCUUUGUUUACCUUUAUUACCUCGCUGUUUAAGGGCUACGUACUGUUUAUGAGUCUGUGACACCUCUCAGAGCUUCAGCUGAAGUCCCUGUUGUGAUCGUUACACUGAACACACAGCUGUUAACAUCUGUCCUACCUGACAUUAGUGCUGCAUGAUCUGAACACACUUUGCACAUAUUUGGGGCACAUGUUAGAGAAAGUAGGCACUAGAUUUGACAUGAAUGGGUUCCAGUUUAAAAACAUUUAUGGUGUUUCACUCAGAGACGAUUUUCCAGACAUGAAGCAAAAAAGGACGCCUGCAUGUCAUCACUCACUGUGUUCAUUUCAAGUUGUUCAAUAAAUACACGAGAGAUAAA